UAAAUAAAGCAAAGAGAGAUAACAGAGGUAUCUAGAGGGGGGAAAUUAAAGACACGAAUAGGAAAAUAAACAAAAGGCAACAUUAUUGGAACCCUCCACAGCUUGUCUCCUCAACGUCUUCACUUCUGGUCACAAUGAGGUGACCUAGAAGAGACCUGUCAGGAUGAUGCACUACCUCCUCAUAUCUAAGGAUGGUAAUGUGCAGUUUUCCCACUACUUCACCCACAGCAGCCCCUCCAGCCACUCCACUACAGAGGCCCGGGUCAUUGCAAAGUGCAUGAGUGCUGACAGGGAUGCUUGUCACUUCCUGGAAGAUGGACCACACACCCUUGUCUUCCGCUGGUUUGGGCCGUGCAUGUUUGUUGUUGCAGCCGACCAAUCAGAGAAUGAACUGAUGAUCUAUGAGUUCCUGAGCUUGUAUGUCAAUGCUCUUCAUAAGUACUUUGGCAAGUUUUCUGAGAAGCACAUCCUCCUCAACAUUGAGUGGCUGCACAUGGUCCUGGAGGAGAUGGUGGUGGCAGGGGAGCUGCUUGAACCCUCUAUUAGAAAUGCUCUGAGUCCCAUACAGAUGUUAGAUACCAUUUCCUCCAGAUAAUGCACACCUGUGUGUGUGUGUGUGUGUGUGUGUGUGUGUGUGUGUGUUGAGAGGGGAAGGAGUAGGUAAAUGGAUAGGUGUGAAAGAUGGUAUGAGAACCAAGUGGUGCAUGAUUAUUAUUAUUAUUUAUUUUAUUUAUUUAUUUUUUUUUUUCCAAGAUGUUUGAAGUAGUUUCCCUGUGGAUACAGACUAUAUUAGGUUUGUAGCAAACCAGAUUAUUCUUCAUGUGAAUAUUUGCAUGCUUGUUUUUAUAGUAAUAUAUUAAUUUAUGUUUAUCCUUCCAAGUAUAAAGGGUUUUCAAAUAUUUUUUUUAUCAUUAUUUAUUUUGUAAAUUACAUUGCACAUAAUCUUGUAUACAGUAGCAGGUACAGCAACAUGUUCCUUCAGGUUCUGAUGCUACAUAUUAAAUCAAGCUUCUGGCAAUUACUAAGCCUUUUAUAUAAAAAGCAAGUGACUAUUGCUGCAGUUUACCUUGAAUCAAAAUUGUAACAAAAUGUCUAAAUAUUCUAAGUUCAAGGUUUUACACAAAUAUACACUAACUAAAAAGUUCUUAGGGUAUUAUUUUACUAAAGUAGGAAACUGCAUCAAUAACUUCUUUGUUCAAAUGAAUUCAUUUAGUUUGUGCAGAAAACUACAAAUCACAGAUUACAUUUGUUCAUUAUUCUAGUGAAUACCAUAAUCUGUGGCCAUUGAUGCUUUGUGCUGCUUUAUACCCAAUUCUUUGCGUUUUGGUAUUCACCGUAACUUGAACCACAAAUUUAUGAUUUUUACAUUUCUAGGUAUUCCAGCAAUUGUAUCAGAAUGGUGAAAUGAUUCAUGGCAUACUGACAGGUAGUUGUGCUGUUACUUAGAUUAGAUUAGGUAUUCACCUAGAGUACUAUUACACCAUCAAAAUUUCCCUUUUCUCAUUUUUUUGCUCUCAUGCCAGACUUGAUAACCACCAUAUUUCUCUAAAUGUCAGAAUCUAUAACAAUGACUUGGUUGCUGAAACUUUCCCCAUUUUGUGUUUAAAGACAUUACAAGCUAUGUCAUUUAACAAUGCAUCCAUAUUUUUAUACUUCAUGUUCAUAACUGUCAAUGAGAAAACAGCUCUCAAAAGAGCCUGUGUUAAUUUUUUUUUUUUUUUUUUUUUUUUUGAAGAGAUAUAACAAUAAACAGUACUGCCCAAA